AUGCCGCCUCCGCUGCCCGACCCUGGAGUGAAUCCAGUUCUCCGCAACGCCCUCCGCGUCUCCUUAAGCGCCAAAGAAUACAAGGCGCUGCACGACUACGCCAUCGAGCGCAUUUCCCCAUCUGUCCAGGGCAAAAUACCAUCCCCGGCUAAAUUCGAAGCCAUCACCCGCUCAAAGAACAAAUACAAUGAAGCUGCAGUGCGGGCGUCGUUGCGUGUGUUCCUCGGCUCGGGCGCUUUGCUAAAGCUUGUGGACUUUAUUAUCGGUCGCAUACAAAAGGAUCCGUCAAAGAAACAAUCGCAUACUUCUCUCGCUCGAUCUCCUAAUUUCCGCCUUUCCCUUGCGCUUUCGCUCAUGGUCCUAUUGCACCGACUCUUGCAUCGCUUCUUCGUUCGCUUGCGCUCGAAUCUACGGACUGACGAAGCCCAGCUCUUCCGCGAGCGUAACCCUAGAAUCUCAAAAGCGCUGACGUCGCGAUAUGCGCCCGCGGUCGGUGCUAGCUUGGCAGGUCUCGCGCUGGGAAUCUGCACACAGCACCAGCUCCGGAUGACGGUCGCCAUUUAUGCGGGUACACGAGGCCUGGAAUCAGUUUACAAUGUGAUGGACGAAAAGGGCUGGCUUAAAAACAAGCCGUGGUGGUUUGGAAGCUGGCUGCUGAUGCCAAUGUCGUUGGCGCAGCUGUUCCACGCCUUUGUGUUUGAUCGCGAGGCUACACCUAAUUGGUUGGGAAAUGUGAUUCUCAAAUAUUCUCCGAGUUAUAUUCACGAGCGUCCGGAUACACUACCGGCGCAGUUCCCCUGGCCGGAAAAGGACGAGAUUGUUGACUCGGUCGCGACAAUCGCAAACCUUCGCUGGCCGACGUUUGUGUCGCCUAUCCUGCACCCUCAGACCCCUAAUGUCUUGCCCUCCGGGCUCAAAUCCAUUUCGCCCAUAACAGGGCCUGCGCACCCGUCAAUCUCUGACCUGUCGUGUGCGCUGCUCCAUCCCAGUAGCCCAAGCUGCGGUACGGCCUUUACUCACCAGCUGCUUCUCUCCGUAUCUGCUCUUGCGCGACUCUUGACGCUCGUCACGCUGGCACGGUCGACAUUGAAUUUUAAAGCAUGGCUAACGCAGCCAAUCUCGACCGUGAACGGUCUCUCAAAAUCAGUAAUAACACAGACGGCUGUCCUCUCGGCGGCGAUUUCCUCGGCUUGGGGAAGCGUGUGCUUGUGGAACUCGAUUCUUCCUCGGGCAGCAUUGCCGACGCAGCGUUUCUACCUCAGCGGAGCACUUGCCGGAGUGCCAUUUGCGUUCCUGGGCAGCAACAGCCGUGGCGUGUUUCUGUACUUUUUCCGAGCGGCGGUGGAUUCGGCGUGGAAGGCGGGGGUGAAGCGGGGAGUGUGGAAGGGGUGGAGUGGUGGAGAGGUCUGGCUGUUUGUCGUCGCCUGGGCCGUGCUCGCGAGUACCCUCGAAGGCCGACCGACGGCGGUACAGGGACCUUCACUGAGGAAGCUGCUGGCCUGGAUGAGGGGAGAGGGGCUCACAGAUCCGAUUGAGAAGCGAAGGCGACGCGCAUCAUCUUCUGCAUGA